AUGAAAACUUCAAGGAAACUAUUUUUCUUUAUUCUUUUUUCGAUAUUUUUGGAUAUAAGUUCAACGAUCAUUUCCUGUUAUUAUACAUAUGAAAAUCCAGGAAUAGAGAACGUUGAUGCAAAGUUGUGUACACAUUAUUUAUUGAUUGGCACAACAAAGAUUGGUCCAAAUGGAGUACUUCAACUACCGAAUGACACUGUGAGUGAAACAUUUUCUCGACUGAAGGUGAAGAAUCCAAAUGCGAAACUGAUGCUCUCAGUAAUUGCUUCGAAUCCACACUGGUCGACAUUAGUCUCAUCACCGAUGUUUAUGCUUCAAUUUGCUAAUGACAGUGUUGCACACUUUCGAAAGUUUAAUCUCGAUGGAAUUGAUCUAGAUUGGGAAUUUCCCGUUUGGAGUUGGGAUGCGAAAAAAAGCGAUCGUUUUCUGUUGAAUAAUUUGUUAAAGACACUUCGGCAAGCCUAUGGCACUCAAUAUCUUCUAUCAAUGGCUACAUCUGGCCCACCAACGAUCACACGAAAAGCCUACGAUUUGCCGAAACUUAGCAAAUAUUGUGACUUUGUGAACGUGAUGAAUUACGAUUUUCAUGUGUAUUCUUGGACAAAUCCGGUUGUCGGUUUCAAUGCUCCGCUUCGACCGAUGAGUCGAGAGUAUAGUAUUAUUGGGGAGAUGAACUCGGGAUCUUCAAUGGAAACCUACUCUUCGCUUGGUCUUUGGCUGAAUAAAACGGUUUUCGGGAUUCCAGUGUACAAUCUAGGUUUUCGAUUGGUGAACUAUUAUUGGAGUUGGCCUUAUGCUCCAGCUGAAGGUGAAGUAUUCGAUUUUUCUUGUUACACUGAUGUCUGCAACUUGACAUCAACAAAACACGGAGAGGUGACAUACAAAGAAUAUUGGAAUGAUAAAGCUGCCUCUUCGUAUAUUGUUGGAACUGACAAAGUUUGGCUGACGACGGAGAAUCCUUUGAGUGUAGGAAUCAAAGCCAAAUAUGCAAAAGAUAUUGGUUGUGCGGGCAUCAUGCUUUUUCAAAUAGUCACCGAUGAUUGGGCAGGUCUUUGCGGGAAAGGGAAAUUCCCUUUAAUCAACGCUGCAAAGAGUGCGUUUAUGGGUGAAGAA